GGUAGUAUGCAACUGAAUAACAUGAUGUGAGAGCAGAUGAACAGAUCAUGAAGGCAUUGGCACCCCACAUGAACCCUGCAAGUUUGGCAAGACCUGGAAUUCCAUGGAGUAAUGAGAUUUUAUUUUCAAGAUAAAGCAGCUGGAAAUUUUGCAACAAAAUGUAUCCGUGUGUCUAGUACCGCUACAACACAAGAUGUAAUAGAAACUUUGGCAGAGAAAUUCCGACCUGACAUGCGAAUGUUGUCAUCCCCUAAAUACUCACUUUAUGAAGUACAUGUCAGUGGAGAAGAAAGAAGAUUAGAUAUAGAUGAGAAGCCCCUUGUUGUACAGUUGAAUUGGAACAAAGAUGACAGAGAAGGGAGGUUUGUUCUCAAGAAUGAAAAUGAUACACUUCCUCCAAAGAAAGCUCAGAGUAAUGGCCCUGAAAAACAAGAAAAAGAAGGGGUUAUCCAGAACUUCAAACGAACCCUAUCCAAAAAAGAGAAAAAAGAAAAAAAGAGGCGAGAAAAGGAAGCACUGCGACAAGCAUCAGAUAAAGAUGAUAGACCUUUCCAUGGAGAUGAUAUUGAGAAUUCUCGUCUUGCAGCAGAGGUUUACAAAGAUAUGCCCGAGACCAGCUUCACACGCACAAUAUCGAAUCCUGAGGUAGUCAUGAAACGCCGACGACAGCAAAAACUAGAGAAGAGGAUGCAGGAAUUCCGCAGCUCUGAUGGCCGGCCAGACUCAGGAGGGACGCUCAGAAUUUAUGCGGACAGCUUAAAACCAAAUAUACCAUACAAGACAAUCCUGCUGUCCACUACAGAUACUGCAGACUUUGCAGUUAUUGAAGCUCUGGAGAAGUAUGGUUUGGAAAAAGAAAAUCCGAAGGAUUACUGUAUUGCUCGUGUUAUGCUUCCACCUGGUUCUCAACAUUCAGAUGAUAAAGGUGCUAAAGAAAUUAUCCUUGAUGAUGAUGAGUGCCCUCUUCAGAUAUUCAGGGAAUGGCCUAGUGACAAAGGAAUAUUAGUGUUUCAGUUGAAAAGACGUCCUCCUGACUAUAUCCCAAAGAAAUCCAAGAAACAAACGGAUGGAAAGCCAUUAAAGGGGAAGGAAAGAGUUGAUGGGUCUGGCUAUGGCUCUUGCCUUCCUCCUGAGAAACUACCAUAUCUGGUAGAAUUAAGCCCAGGGAGAAGGAAUCACUUUGCCUACUACAACUAUCACACUUACGAAGAUGGUUCUGACUCCAGAGAUAAGCCAAAGCUUUAUCGUCUACAAUUAAGUGUUACUGAAGUUGGAACAGAAAAAUUUGAUGACAGUUCUAUCCAGUUGUUCGGUCCAGGAAUUCAGCCACACCAUUGUGACCUCACCAAUAUGGAUGGAGUUGUUACUGUUACCCCAAGAAGCAUUGAUGCUGAGACUUAUGUGGAAGGUCAGCGUAUUUCGGAGACCACUAUGCUGCAGAGUGGCAUGAAAGUUCAGUUUGGGUCUUCUCAUGUAUUUAAAUUUGUGGAUCCCAGUCAGGAUCAUAUUAUUCCUAAAAGGCCUUUGGAUGCUGGUCUCAUGGUCAAAGGUCCAAGACACAAAACUGGAGUUGUUCAGGAAACAACCUUUGAUCUGGAGGGAGAUGUUCACAGUGGAACAGCGUUACCAGCAAGCAAGAGCACCAACAGACUGGAUGGUGACAGAACAUCAUCGGCAUCCAGCACAGCUGAACGGGGCAUGGUGAAGCCAAUGAUCAGAAUAGAGCAACAACAAGAGUACCGCAGACAGGAUGGGAGAUCUCAGGACACGCAUGGGCCAGAACUCGUAUUACCUGCAAGCAUCGAAUUUAGGGAAAGUUCUGAAGAUGCCUUCUUAUCUGCCAUUAUAAAUUAUACCAAUAGUUCAACAGUUCAUUUUAAACUAUCUCCUACUUAUGUUUUGUACAUGACUUGUCGGUAUGUAUUGUCAAGCCAGUACAGACCUGACAUCACUCCUACUGAGCGUACUCACAAAGUCAUUGCAAUAGUCAACAAGAUGGUGAGCAUGAUGGAAGGAGUUAUCCAGAAGCAAAAGAAUAUUGCUGGGGCACUUGCCUUCUGGAUGGCAAAUGCAUCUGAGCUGCUCAAUUUUAUAAAGCAAGACCGAGAUCUCAGCCGAAUUACUUUAGAUGCACAAGAUGUUUUGGCACAUUUGGUUCAAAUGGCUUUCAAAUACCUGGUUCACUGUCUUCAGUCAGAGCUUAACAACUACAUGCCUGCGUUCCUUGAUGACGAAAAUAAUCCUCAAAGGCCUAAAAUAGAUGAUGUCUUACAUACGUUAACUGGAGCUAUGUCCCUGUUGCGACGAUGUAGAGUGAAUGCUGCGCUAACUAUACAGCUCUUCUCCCAGCUGUUUCAUUUUAUCAACAUGUGGCUUUUUAAUAGACUUGUUACUGAUCCAGAUUCAGGAUUGUGCUCACAUUACUGGGGAGCCAUCAUUCGCCAGCAGUUGGGCCAUAUUGAGGCCUGGGCAGAAAAGCAGGGCCUAGAACUGGCUGCUGAUUGUCACCUAAGCAGGAUAGUGCAGGCUACUACACUGCUUACCAUGGAUAAGUACUCACAUGAUGACAUUCCACAUAUUAACAGUACCUGCUUUAAGUUGAAUUCCCUACAGUUACAAGCACUGUUGCAGAAUUAUCAUUGUGCUUCAGAUGAACCAUUUAUCCCAACAGAGCUUAUAGAUAAGGUUGUAGCUGUCGCAGAAAAUACAGCUGAUGAACUAGCUCGUAGCGAUGGCAGAGAAGUUCAGCUGGAAGAGGAUCCUGAUCUACAGCUGCCUUUUCUUCUGCCAGAAGAUGGCUAUUCAUGUGAUGUUGUCAGAAACAUUCCAAACGGUUUACAAGAAUUUUUAGAUCCACUGUGCCAGAGAGGCUUCUGCAGGUUAACACCUCAUCCACGUUCACCAGGGACUUGGACAAUAUAUUUUGAAGGUGCAGACUAUGAAAGUCACCUGUUACGUGAGAAUGCUGAGCUGGCUCAGCCUUUGAGGAAAGAACCUGAAAUCAUCACAGUGACACUAAAAAAACAAAAUGGAAUGGGCUUAAGCAUUGUUGCUGCUAAGGGCGCAGGUCAAGAUAAACUUGGAAUCUAUGUCAAAUCUGUUGUAAAAGGAGGUGCUGCAGAUGUGGAUGGUCGCCUGGCAGCAGGGGAUCAACUGCUCAGUGUGGAUGGUAGAAGUUUGGUGGGGCUGUCCCAAGAAAGGGCAGCAGAACUCAUGACAAGAACAGGUUCUGUAGUGACCCUGGAAGUAGCAAAGCAAGGAGCAAUUUAUCAUGGUCUGGCAACCCUGCUUAACCAACCAUCCCCAAUGAUGCAGAGAGUUUCUGACCGGCGUGGCGCAGGUAAACCCCGACCAAAGAGUGAAGGUUUUGAGCUGUAUAAUAACUCUGCUCAAAAUGGGUCACCUGAGAGCCCUCAGCUGCCUUGGACAGAGUACAAUGAACCAAAGAAGCUUCCAGGGGACGACAGAUUAAUGAAGAAUCGAGCUGAUCACCGCUCCAGUCCGAAUGUGGCAAAUCAGCCUCCCAGUCCUGGAGGAAAGAAUGCUUAUGCUUCUGGAACAACCACCAAGAUAACUUCAGUCUCUACUGGAAAUCUUUGUACAGAGGAACAGACACCGCCACCAAGACCCGAAGCUUAUCCUAUCCCCACACAAACCUACACCAGAGAAUAUUUCACAUUCCCAGCUUCCAAGUCUCAAGAUCGAAUGGGUCCUGCUCAGAAUCAGUGGCCAAAUUAUGAAGAAAAAACGCAAGUCCAGGCAGAGAGUAGUCACUCAAUCAGUGCUGCAAUGCAGCGUGUGGCUCGUUCUCAGGAAGAACUGCGAGAUACAGUUUUCCAGCCAGAGAGGAAUCGUUUGGAAGUGGUUAUACGGAAGGAUGUGGAGUACAUUGAUCGCAAGUCGGACAGUGAUCCGUGGAUGAAUUCGUCUGUGGAUUCCAGCACAUCUAGCCAAGAGCAUCUGAACCAUUCAUCCAAACCUAUUUCCCCUGGUUCGUGUUUAACUAAAAGUGGACCUGGCCGGUGGAAAACUCCAGCUACCAGCCAGCCGACCCCUGUGGCAGUUUCCCAGCCCAUUAGAACAGACCUACCCCCACCACCACCUCCUCCACCAGUGCAUUAUGCAGCUGAAUUUGAUGAACUGCAAAUGGAUUUGCCUCUUCCACCUCCUCCCCCUCCAAACCAGCUAGGAACACCAGCAUCUUCCCAGGUAGCUGCUGCAGAACGUAAAAAGAGAGAGGAACAUCAGCGAUGGUAUGAAAAAGAAAAGGCACGUUUGGAGGAAGAACGAGAGAGGAAACGGCGUGAGCAGGAGAGGAAACUGGGCCAGAUGCGGGCUCAGCCACUAAUUCCUUCUCAGCCUAUGGUUCCUCCUGUUUCUGUUCAGCAGGUAAAACCAGAAAAGCCUUCAACAUUGCAGAGGUCCCAAGAAACUGUUAUUCGAGAGUUACAGCCCCAACAGCAACCCCGCACCAUUGAGCGAAGAGAUCUGCAGUACAUUACCAUCAGCAAAGAAGAACUAUCUUCCAGUGAUAGUUUGUCUCCUGAUCCCUGGAAACGGGAUGCAAAGGAGAAGCUGGAGAAACAGCAACAGAUGCACAUUGUGGACAUGCUGAGCAAAGAGAUUCAGGAUCUUCAGAACAAGCCCGAUCGCACAGCAGAGGAGAAUGACCGCCUACGCAAACUCAUGCUUGAGUGGCAGUUCCAAAAACGACUUCAGGAGUCAAAGCAAAAGGAUGAAGACGAUGACGAAGAAGAAGAAGAUGAUGAUGUGGAUACCAUGCUAAUUAUGCAGCGGCUGGAGGCUGAAAGAAGAGCAAGGGAUGAGGAGCGCCGACGGCAGCAGCAGUUGGAAGAGAUGCGUAAACGAGAAGCAGAAGAUAGGGCCAGGCAAGAAGAGGAGCGCCGGCGACAGGAGGAGGAGCGAACCAAGAGAGAGGCUGAAGAAAAGAGGCGACAGGAAGAAGGGUAUUACAGUCGCUUGGAAGCUGAAAGGCGCAGGCAGCAUGAUGAGGCAGACCGAAGAUUACUGGAAUCUGACGAGCCUGGUCUGUACAGACCUCCACUUCCACGGGAAUAUGAGCUCCCACCCCCAACCCUUUCAUCUAAUGCUCCUCCUCCCCCACCUCAGCGAAACACCUCUUACCUCAAAACACAGGUCCUCUCCCCUGACACGCUUUAUACUGCCAAGUUUGUUGCAUACAAUGAUGAUGAGGAGGAGGAGGAUUCCAAUCUAGCAGGACCAAAUUCUUACACUGGAUCUACAGGAGCAACUGUUGGAGCCCAGGAACUUUAUCGGGAUCCAAGAGAAAAAAGAUCUAAAAGUCAAGAUACUGAUGUACCUGGAGCACCAGAGAACCUGACGUUCAGAGAACGCCAGCGUCUUUUCUCACAGGGCCAGGAUGUAUCCAAUAAAGUAAAGGCUUCUAGGAAAUUAAUGGAACUGGAAAAUGAACUAAACACAAAAUAAGACAAAAGGCACCUUAUCUCAUGUAAUGGAAAAGUCUCUAAGAGAAUGAGGUGGGGCACAGGGGCUCUUUUAGAAGACAGGAAGGAGGGUAUUUUCUGUAAAGAGUGAGUUUGAUUCCUCUAUAACUCAGACUGUUAAUUGAAAUUUAGAGAUGUUGCAAUAGCAAGAAAACUGAUUUACUUUACCAAGAGUUUGUGGUUUAUACAUUUAAAGCACUGUACAAUUCUAAUUAUAUGAAUCACGUGAAGGUAACUUUUUUUUCCUUUUGU